AUGAGACUCCGGCGACCAGAAUCCGAUCGAAACGAGUUGAGAAAGCAUCUGAUCGUGGGCGAAAUGGGACUGGCAUUGGCCUUUUGUCUGGAGCUGUUGGGUCUGUACGGGUGCUAUCGGGAGUGUAAAAACAGCUUGAUAGUCUACUUGGCCCUCACACUGGUGUCGAUGGGACCGGGAUUUAUAUUUAUGCCAAUUUACACGCUGUGUUCGUCACUUUAA